AUGCCGGAGGAAAGACUACAGCUGGAGCCUGGGGAUAGGGAGGUGAGUAUUGACUGCCACAGACUAAGGAUCAGGCAGCAUCUCAUGAUGGAAGAACGUAAGACAGAUAUAGGUGAAAUCUUGGAUGCCAAGCAAAAGUUCCUUGAAGAUAUGGAGGAGCCAACAAAGUCAGAUGGAGAAACUGUGUGUUUUUCAGUAGAAGAACUGGAUUCUUUAGAAGAUCGGGAAAAGCAACGUAAUAAAAAUACAACAAAAAUUCACCAACGCCCAAACUUAGUGGGUUACCUGUAUGUGAAGCCUGAGACUGUAUCCAAAAUUCACAGUGGAGAGGAGCUGUGCGUGAGUAGUGAUUUAUACACUCACAGGAGGAAAAGACAGCCGUACUCCUCCCCAGAUACCUCCUUAAAUAAAGUUGUCCGAUCUCCUUCAAGACAAUGCAGAAAACAGAGGACACUUGCAAGUAGCUCACCUGCAGAAGAUCCACCUUCCACAGACCAACAUGAUAAGAGUUCCAAGACUGUAGCCAGCAAAAGUGACCUACCCACCAUAGCACACACCUGCAGUGAAUGUGGUGAUCGUUUUACUGAGCACUCCCUUUUUCUUAAACACCAAGCAAUUCAUGUUGAGGAUAGAAAUUUAGUAGUCAAAUAUGACAGUAACAUGUCCUCAACGAAGCAUCAAGGGGUCCAAACUAAUGAGCACACUGGCAGCCGUCUCCGUCAGAGAAAACACGUGAUCUACACUUCUAGUGCAGUUACAGAGAGAAAAGUUCAGACUGAGCCAAAAUCUUUUAUCUGUAAAGAGUGUGGCAAAAGCUUUACUCAAAAUGCAAGCCUAAUUGUACACAAGAGGACUCAUACUGGUGAACGGCCCCAUACCUGCAAAAUCUGUCUCAAGAGUUUCAUCAGUGGGUCCUACCUGGUCAUGCAUCAUAGAGUUCAUACUGGGGAGAGACCCUAUGUCUGUAAUGACUGCGGCAAACGUUUUAUUAGCAGCUCAAACCUUAUUAUUCACCAGCGUGUCCACACCGGGGAAAAGCCGUACCUAUGCACAGAAUGUGGCAAGUGUUUUGGUCACAGCUCCCAUCUAGUGAGGCACCAGAAGGUUCAUACUGGUGAACGUCCUUUUACUUGUGCUGAAUGUGGCAAGGCUUUCUCCAGAAGCUCACACUUGGUGAGGCAUCAAACCAUUCACAUGAGAAGUCUGGCCAACUCAACUGUGUGAAAUUAUGGACACACUAAUAAGAUAUGGAAGUAGACACUUUCA